CAUUAAGGCUAAUAUAUAUAUAUAUAUAAGAAAAAAAAAAAAUCCGUGCCAGACAUGGGGGAGAAAAUGAUGCUUCUCUUGAAGAUGUCAGUCCAACAAACUAACCGGCUUGUGACGACGAUGCCCAGUCGAAGAUCCUGGGAUUGAUCCGUGAAUCCCUUAACGCUGAUGGCCUGGACUGAGUUUCAGCCGGCCUGCUGAAGCUAUGGGGAGCUGUUGGAGCUGUCUGUACAGAGACCCCAUCCGAGACAACCAUCUCACUAAAUUUAAGGUCACCAAUGUGGACGAUGAGGGCAACGAGCUGGGCUCUGGGAUCAUGGAGCUCACCCAGACCGAGCUUAUUCUUCACACACGCAAGAGAGACGCCAUCCGGUGGCCGUACCUCUGCCUGCGCCGCUACGGCUACGACUCCAACCUGUUUUCUUUUGAGAGCGGUCGUCGCUGUCAGACUGGGCAGGGGAUCUUUGCAUUCAAGUGUUCCCGGGCAGAAGAGAUCUUCAAUCUGCUUCAGGAGCUGAUGCAAUGUAACAGCAUCAACGUGGUGGAAGAGUCCAUGAUGAUGAGUCGCAGUGGUCACACACCAGAGAUGGAAAUGUCUCGCACACCACAGACUCCCAACACUCCAGCGUUCCCUGUCCAGGCUUUUCCCAAUGGAUACCCUGGUUAUCCAAUCAGAGGAGAUUCCUCCCAACCCUCUCUUGCUGAUGAUCAUGGGCAUGGCCUCAUGGGUUUGGAAGACCAGACCCACACCUAUGUAAAUACUGUUAGUAUGGAGGGGGAUCUCUCUAUGCGUCACUGUGUUCACUCCCUGCCCGAGGUUCGGCCCGGCUCUUUCCCUGAAACAACACGGGGAGCCAUGCCUGUCGGGGGUCAAGGAAAUCCCCCGCCCAACCUGCGGUGCUGUCCCCUGGAAGAGCAUAACGAUCCUCAGGUGUUCUUGCAGCCAUCAUCGCAGGAGGUCAAAUUCAUGCUUGGCCCCACUCCGGCACAACGCCAUCUGCUGGAGAGAGAGAGGGACAGAGAGAGGGAGAGGCAUGGGCACGUUCCUCAUAACCUUCAGCCAGUAGAGGGUGCAACAGGCUCAGAGACGGAGGGAGACGAGCCCUCUAUGCACCUCUGCAACUCACACUCCUAUCACCAUUUCCAUCACCACACGCAUCGGCAUCCUGGCCUUGAGCACCCGGACAGCUGCCAGAGCGGCGAACUCACCUACGAGAACAUCAACGGUCUGAGGAGUGGCCGUAAGCAGCGGCUGAGUCCCAGCAGCGUGUCGCAGUCUGUGGGUUCAAGCAGCAGCAGCAGCACCACUGGGGACAGUCACACCCACUCCCUCCUGCACCCACACGCCCUCGGCCCGUCGUCUCUUCCCCCGCAGGGCUACUCCUGCGAGAGGGGCAUGGUUGGAGGUCAUCGUCGGACAGCUCUGCUUAACUACGAGAACCUGCCCUCUCUGCCGCCGGUGUGGGAGUACAGCGCUCUGCAGCGGGACGACGAACAGGAAGAGGAAGAUGAUGAGCAGGAUGAGGAGGAAUACGAGGAAGAGGAGGAGGACUUUGAUGAGUAUGAAUUCUCAGAGGGCCCUGGAACACCCAACGGGUAUCACCAGGACGGUCGGGGCAUCCACAGAGAUGCCCUGCAGAACUAUGUCAACACAGAGCAGGUCCAGCCGCCACGGCUCCGACACGCCUGCGCCCCGCAUCCACGGCCCUGUCAGACAGACAGAGGGGGGCGAAUAUUUAGCUUUGAUUUCCGCAGACGAUCGAGGUCAGGGGUCGGAGGCUGUGAGCACGGCCACAUGCCUCCAUCCCGGCAGCUGAACUACAUCCAGGUGGACUUAGAGGGAGAACCUCCCUGCCAAGCUCUCAGCAGCGGGGGUGCCCAGAACCAGCCACAGCACCAGCGCCUACCACCCAAAAAAUGUGGCCCACAGGCACCCCGGCGCAGUGAAUGCUACGCAGUCAUUGACCUAAAGAAGACCGCUGCCAUGUCCAACCUGCAGAAAGCUCUGCCCAGGGAUGAUGGGACUUCCAGAAAGACUCGCCACAACAGCACAGACCUGCCUCUGUAAACGGUGUUCAAACUGAAGAGGAACAAUGAAGACAGACGAAGGCUUAUCCUCAUCUUAGCACACUGGACCCUUCACUGUCAUCCAUCCAUUCAACUGUCGGGCUGACAGAUACAGUACAGGUACCUGAU